AUGAAAAUCCAUCACCUCAUCAAUAUUUCUCACUUUUUGCUCAUUUCGUUGUGCUUAUUGGGUAUUGGAAUUGCAAGCAUUACUGGUGUGAAAGCGAAAUCAAUAUGCAUUGAGGAAGAAAGGAAAGCACUUGUGAGCUUCAAACAAGAUCUUACUGAUCCGUCUAGUAGGCUUUCUUCUUGGGUGGGUCAUGAUUGCUGUCGCUGGGAAGGGAUUUCAUGCAGCAACCAGACCCGUCAUGUUGACAAGAUCGAUCUCCGCAAUACAUAUCCAGAUUCCACGACUAAUGAAGAGUGGGACGAGUUGGCUUUUAACCAGUCUUGCUUGGGGGGUAAGAUAAAUCCUUCUUUGCUUACCUUGAAACACUUGCUUUACCUGGACUUAAGUGGGAAUUCUUUUGAAGGGAUCCACAUUCCUAACUUCUUUGGAGAGCUUAAAACUCUGAGGUAUCUCAAUAUCUCCUUUACAUAUUUUGCUGGAGAGAUUCCCCCUUCUCUUGGUAACUUAUCAAACUUGAACUAUCUUGAUGUCGGUUAUUCAUAUUUCUCUUCCAAAAACUUGAAUUGGCUUUCUCAUCUCUCUUCCCUAAAAUACCUCAAUCUCAAUGAAGUGGAUGUUAAUAGCAGCACAGGUUGGCUGCAUGUUGUUAACAUGCUUCCUUCCUUACUAGAGUUACACUUAUCUCAAUGCAGAUUAGUAAGCCUUCCACUAUCUCCACAGAGGAUUAACUUCACCUCACUUUCGGUCCUUGAUCUUUCAUAUAAUGAUUUCAAUACUUCUUCAUUUCCCAACUGGAUUUUCAAUCUUACUAGCCUAAAAUACCUCAAUCUCGAUGCAGUGGAUCUUCAUAGAGUUACAAAUUGGCUGCAUGUUGUUACCAUGCUUCCUUCCUUACUAGAGUUACACUUAUCUGAUUGCAGAUUAGUAAGCCUUCCGCUAUCUCCACAGAGGAUUAACUUCACCUCACUUUCGGUGCUUGAUAUGUCAUAUAAUGAUUUCAAUACUUCUUCGUUUCCCAGCUGGAUUUUCAAUCUUACUAGCCUCAAAGAACUUGUUCUAUAUGAGAAUUCUUUCAAUUGUCAUAUUCUAGAUGAACUUGCAAACCUCAAAUCUCUUGAAUACCUAGAUUUAUCUAAUUCAGGGCUCAAAGGUAGUGGAGUUCCCAAAGUCCUUGGAAACUUAUGCAAACUAAAGACAUUAAGUCUUGGGGGAAACAAUUUUGAUGGUGGGGGGAUUGAAGAGUUUUGGGAGAGUUUGUCAAAUUGUCCAAAUAAUACACUAGUAUUAGAGUCACUAGAUUUAUCAAAUUGUGAGCUGAAAGGCAAGUUGCCAACCUCCUUAGGAAUGUUCAAAAGUUUGCAGUAUUUGGACCUCUCUUAUAAUCACAUGAACGGGUCCAUUCCACAAAGUCUGGGACAACUCUCAAAGCUAAUUGACCUCAAUCUGUAUUGGAAUUCUUGGGAAGGCAAUAUAACGGAAGCCCAUUUCAUUAAUCUCACCAACUUGAAAAGUCUUUCAAUAGGCAACUAUUUAGAUGACAUACAAAAGCCCAUGUCCCUCGUUUUCAACGUGUCUUAUGAUUGGGUUCCUCCUUUCAAGCUCCACACAAUUGAGAUUUUCAAUUGCAAAGUGGAUCUUUGUUUUGAUACAUGGCUUCAAUCUCAGACUGAACUAGUAGAUGUCAUCCUUAGUAGAACUGGAAUAUCAUGUUCUAUAUCAGAGGAAUG